AUGUGUUGGUUUUAUGUACACGCUGGUGGAUACAUGCCCUUUGCUAAAGAUGAUAUUAAUAUCCAAGAAANAUUAACGCAUCACAGAAACGAGAUUAUGGAAAUGGCUAAUCUUAUAUGUUGCGAACCUUUUUUCACUUUCGAAGGCCAAACUUAUAAACAAAAGAGGGGAGUUCCGAUGGGAAGCCCAAUUUCGGGGCUUCUAUGCGAGCUUGUGGUUAGAAAAUUGGAAGAAAAAGUAUUGCGAAGCUUUGAAAGAGAAAUCGUUUUCUACAAGAGAUAUGUGGAUGAUUUAUUUAUAAUAUGGAGGAAUAAUCGAGAAAUUACUAGCUUCAUAGAUAGAAUCAACGAUAACGAGGAAGGCCUCAGCCUGAAGCUAGAGCAGAAAAGUUCCGUGAUGGUACAUUUCUUAGAUAUUAAUAUCAUCUUUAGCAAAGGGCAUGUAUCCACCAGCGUGUACAUAAAACCAACACAUAGCCCACUAUACAUCCCUGCUAAGUCCAAUGACCCCUAUCGUUACAAAAUGGCAGCAUUUCGUGCCUUGGUUAGAAGGGCUUUUCUAUACUGCGACAACAUUAUAGACCGGGUUACUGAGAUCGAAAGGAUCAUACAGUUAGCAGAAGCCUUAGGUUAUAAGAGAAAUAUUAUAACGGGUAUUGUUAGAAAAUUUGAGAAGAACAAUGAUAAAGUCUUUAGACAAGGUCCAUCCAAGUACACAAAAUUUACAUUCAACAAAUAUUUAGGAGGAAUUAUGAAGGAAAUUGCAAGCGUUAAAGGUUCAAAGGUGAUUUUGAAAAGAGCUCCCAAUUUAUAUAAAAUUCUUAGAAACGAUAAAGGGGUUAUUAAAAAAGUAGAUAAGGCAGGUGUUUACAAAAUUCCAUACGAGAACCAGCAAUUAGGAAUAAAAAAAGAUUACGUAGGAGUCACUACCAGAAACCUCGGGGUAAGGAUUAGGGAACAUAAGUAUGAUGCUAGAAAAGGGUCUAAUACAACAAUAUUGGCCCAGAUGGCGCAGGCCCAAGGAUCCCUGAUUGGAUGGGAGGAAGCGGAAGUCGUGAGACAGGUGCACUCACCAACCUUGGCGAGGACGGCCGAAAAAAUGGAGAUAUACAGGAGCAAACUUAAAGACGGAUGCAUUAAUGCUAGGGAUGCGGAAGGUCUUCCCUCGGCUUGGAAAUUUGCCGUUAAGAAGCUUACAAGUAGCGCAUCAACUGAAAUAUGA